AUGGCUACUACAGGCACAAAUCAUUGGCGAAUUACAAGACGAAGACGCGUUAGCAUUCAAAAGAUGGCAUGCGAUGAAUGUACCAUGAUCGCCGUAGCUGCUGCAAUUGUUGCCCAAAUUGCUAUUACAGGAUUGUCGUUGGACUCUUCGAACAAGACUCAUUGGACAGCAAAGUCUUGUUUUAUGAUGAGUCUAACCUUCGCUUUGGUAUCGGUAUACUAUUCCGUUACUCAGCAACGAAUUCUCGGUCGGUUGAUCAAACCAAAAGAUGUUCGUCAUUGGAUACGAGGGAGAAAACAAAGAUCCAACCCAAUCUUUUCGACGGCAGUUUGGUCCAAGCUUAAUCCUUGUGAGCCCGACGACUACUCACCGGACGGUUUGGAUAUUGGUGAUCUCAAGAGGGAUUUUGAGAGGCAAUGUUUUCUCCCAAGCCCUCUAUCCAUCAUCACCCUUUCUGCUCCUCAGAUGUUGCUUUCUGGAUCUCUUUCUCUACUUCUCAUCGGUCUGGGGAUAUAUCUAGGUAAGUUCUGGAUUCUUGAGCUAGAUUCUACAGAACCAGCUACCGAUUCGAGAAAUGUCUUCAUAUUAUACUUUACUGGGCUGUACUUCUCUGGUGGUAUAUAUGUAACUUCGGGGUGGUUCCAUGGCAGAGAUGAGGGUUCCGCAUCUGAUAUCAUCGAUGAGUAUAUGAACGAAUACAUAGCUAGUCACCCUAAUUUGUUGUCUCGAUGA